GUAUUUAUUAAACUGACUCGUGACUCUGGUCAGCUGACAUCUUUCGCUUGUUAAUAAUACUUAUUCGUAAUUUUAAAGCUAAGCAUCAUAAAAUGGCUUUACAUUCGGCGAUUAAAGGAAAAUUAAUAUCUGUUAUAGGCGAUGAGGAUACCUGUGUUGGAUUUCUUCUUGGAGGUGUUGGUGAAAUAAAUAAAAAUCGCCAUCCAAAUUUUAUGGUGGUGGAUAAAAAUACUGCUGUCAGUGAAAUUGAGGACUGCUUUAAGCGCUUCCUAAAGCGUGACGAUAUCGACAUUAUCUUGAUAAACCAAACAUAUGCCGAAUUAAUUCGACAUGUUAUCGAUGCGCACACUUCCCCAGUGCCAGCGGUUCUUGAAAUACCCUCAAAAGACCAUCCGUAUGAUGCUAGCAAGGAUUCUAUUUUGCGACGUGCACGGGGCAUGUUUAAUCCUGAGGAUUUGGUACGCUGAUGUGAAGCAAUUAUUAUUCAGUGACGACUCCUGAAACUAAAACUUACAUCGUAAUCCAUUAUUUAGCAUUUUAAUUGUUAAUUUGUUGAUGUUUUCAUUCCAAAAAUACAUAUUGUGUGCGUAA